AUAUCUAACCUACACAAAUAAAAAAAAAAAUAACACUCCUAAAGAAAAUCCUACAAUUAUCUCUCUUUUAAUUUUCAUGAUGCAACAAGCACUUCCAUACAAGUCAUCAUGUUUAACCUUAACUCCACGAGUUCAUCAUGUAAGUAGGAGUAAUUCUUCAUUAUUAUACGUUAAAGGUUCAAAAGACGAACUGAAAAACGUCGUUAAAGACAACGCGGCUAUAGUUGUGGGACGACGAGGUUGCUGUAUGAGUCAUGUCGUUAAGCGUUUGCUUCAGUGUCUUGGAGCCAAUCCAGCUAUAUAUGAAAUCGAAGAACAAGACGAAAAUGAGGUAGUUGAUGAACUUGAGAAUAUUAUUGGUGGUGAUGGUAGGAAAGAGACUGAGAGGUUGCAGUUGCCAGCGGUGUUUGUUGGAGGAGAGUUGUUUGGUGGAUUGGAUCGGAUUAUGGCUGCUCAUAUUACUGGAGAGUUGUCUCCUGUAUUGAAAAAAGCUGGUGCCUUGUGGCUUUGAGUUUUUUCUCUCUUUUUUUUUUUUUUUGGUGAUGCCUAUUUUGUUUUCGUGGUAGUUUCGACUAAUUGAUGAAGUGAAAUUCUUUUCCUUU